AGCAGAUUGAACAACUUCCAAAUUUCUCAAAUACCUCUUCAAGCCAACAUGAAACACGCUGCAUUGGCGCUCGUUGCUAUGUUCGCCGUCACGGUGCACUGUCUUCCCGUGGAAGGCACUGCGUCAAAGAUAGAUAUGAUCCAAGAGAAGAAUGAAGCGAAGAGGGCAGAGGCCACUAAGCAUAAUGAGGAUGAGGAGGAAGAACAUGAUCAAGCCGCAUUGAAAGUCACGCCGUUCUAUUGGGACUUCGAGUACAAGCGUCCGAACGAAGAUUGAUGCGUUCGAUGCGUGAGAUCGGGCAAGCUCUAGAGCUAUGAGGGAGAAGUACGUCGACUAGGG